AGGUUUUGAUUCAGUGUUCAGUGAUCAAUUUUCUAGUAUUCACAGAUCAGAAAGUAUUGAAUUUUAUGUCGUCAAUGUCUAAAAGUAUAAUUAAUUAUUAAAUUUCUUAAAUUGUAGAUAUUUUUUGAUUAUUGCGUAUCAGAAUUUUUAACAUAAAUUUAGUGAUUUGGCGUCCUUAAUAUUUUAAAAUAUACAACCAUAUUUUUUUUACGUAUAAGGCGGCUAACGUGAACAGGAAAGUUAUUUACAAUGAACGAAGAAAUGGAAUUAGCGCAACCCCCUGCAAAAAGACAAAAAAUAGAAGACGAAGAUGGCAGUGCUGACGUUACUGAAAAUAUAGAUUUCACAGAAGAUGUUUCGACAAUCGAAGAAAAGUUUAAAGUAGAUAAUAAAUACGAAAAUUUUGUAACUCCCGAGGAAUUGGAGAAACUUAAAGAAUUCAAAGUGCUCGAUGAGGUGAAGUCUAAUGAUGGAGAUAGCAAUGCUGACGAUUCUGAUACAUCUGAAGGCAAGUCUGAAGAAUUGCCGGAGGAGGAAAUUGAGAAGAUGUUGGACGAGAACUUACCAGAAGACUUUAAAGGAACUCGUAAGCCUAAAGAUAAACCAUAUGUGACUCGCACAAAAAUCUUCCUAGAAGAGAAAGGUAUUAAUCAAUUCGAAAUUCUCCCGUUGGACUGGAUGAUGGUCCGGCACUAUAGCGGUAUGCCGUUGUACAUGCAUCGACCUACGCGGGUUUGCACUCUGUCGAAACCAUAUUUUCUUGGAAAGGGUAACACUAGGCGACACGAUAUUCCCAUCAGCGCCAUUCCUUGUCUAGCUUAUAGACGCGCUUUGGAAGAGGAGGAGAAGCAGAAAGAAAUAGAUCGUCGAGUCGAGGAACAGAUUAAAAAUAAAACAUGGGCCAGAGAAGUCGAAAACGCGGAAUCCGAGAUUAAAGCUGUAGACCCUCCUAACGACCGCGAGGUUACGAAAGAAAGCACCGCAACAUCCGCUCCUGGAGGCAAAUGUCCGUUCAGUCACAUGAACGGGACGAGCGACGAUGUCUCGAAGGACGGCCCGACCGUGACCCCAGCUCUAGCCUACGAGGAAUCGACCGACGAUCGGCAGCCCAAAUCGACGGACGAACAGCAGACCGAACCGUCGGACGAACAGCAGCAAAUACGGAUUCUAGACACGAUCAAAGAGGAAAACGACUUGGAAGUGACCGAAAGCGAAAUGAGCGAGAUGGCAGUUCCGAGUGACGCCGGCGAGGGCAGCUCGGUGGCGGCGGCGGCGGCGGCGGCGGCGGCGGCGGCGGCGGCGGGGCGCGCCGUGCAGCUGCCGGACGGGCGCGUGAUGCCGGCGCCGCGCGUGGAGUCCGUCGACACGAGCUGGAAGACCCAGCACCUCACGGCCGAGCAGAUUCACGCCUACUGCAAAUCGCUUUUCAAGUUUAAGACCGUCAAUUUUAUGCAUUUUAACCGUUGGGCGGAUCGACGUAAGUACACGAAGGCGAGGAAGGCUCUGCAGUAUCCGAAGCUGCCCGAGGGGACGAAGCUGAUCACCAUACCGGCGACCAGCUCCGGACAAGAGAACGGCGCGGGCGGCAAGGCGAAGCGCGACUGGGUGAUGAACAUGAACGGCUGCAGCUACCUGUCGGAGUUCCACGAGUACGUGUGCCGCGCGCUGCAGAAGCAGCCCGUGUACGAGUACAAGCAGCUGGAGAACGCGUCGUCGCCGUACCAGGCCACGGUGUACAUCGGCGGCAUGCAGUACGGCGUGGGCCACGGCUCCAGCAAGCGCCAGGCCAAGUACGCCGCCGCGCGGGCCUCCAUCCAGACGCUCAUCCCCGAGAUGCGCCAGUACCUGGAGCCCGAGCAGGCGGCCUGCGCCAAGGACCCGAAGGAGCCCGACUUCAGCUUCUUUGACUACGUGGGUAUCGAGGAUCCGCGCAUCGCGGAGUUCUGUGCGGCGACCUGCGAGCCCUCUCCGCACGCCAUACUGCUCACUUGUCUGCUGAGGAACUUCGGCGCCGGCGACUGGCACGUCAACACUGAGAUGAAGAAGCUGGAGUAUCAGAAAAUCGAGCUGACGAUGCGCGUGGGCAAGCACACCGCUACCGUCGUGUGCAAGAACAAGAAGACCGCCAAGCAGCGCGCCUCGCAGGCCAUCCUGCAGGCGCUUCAUCCUCACGUGCGCUCGUGGGGCUCGCUGCUGCGCCUGUACGGGUCGCGCUCCGUUAAGAGCUGUAAGGAGAAGAAGCUGGAGGAGCAGCAGAUCACGCUACUGCAGGACAAGGCGCGGCACAACGAGCCCAACUACGCCGUGCUUGAGAAGCUGCGCAACGAGAUGCGCAAGCUGCGCGAACGGGACGAGUCCGUCGUGCCCAUCGGCACGCUGCUGCUGGCCGACCACCUGCCGUCGCAUUCCGCCUCCAACCUCAACAACGUGGACUUGUAGCCUGGAGCGGUGGCUGACGCUCCGAAGUUUACACCACACGGCUCCAAUAUACCCCACGCAUUUAACCCCGGAGCUUCGGAGAAAUCUUAAACAGAUCUCAAAUCUAUCGAAAGGUGCUAAUUACGCCACGAAAUAUGACUGAUGAGCUAUGUAUAAAGUUUAAAAGGCACUUAAAAAAAACAAUAAUAAAUUGAUAUUUUUCGCAUAUAACAAAUAUAUCGAUAUGAGUUAUUUACCGUAUCGUGUCGAUGUAUAGGAUUAUUUAUAUCGACUGAAAUAGUAAGUAGGCGCGGUAUGUUGAAAAUGUCAAACAUUGAAAAUUGUACAAAAGUGUGGGGCCUGUAACGUACACUAUACGACAUUUAAUAUAAAAAGCAUGUAUUGUACCGUUUACAUUUCGUAAGUUAAUGUUCUUUGUGAGAUCUCCGUUCGGAUAUCGAAAGCGCACAAAAUCUUCGAUUUAGUAGACAUAAGAAUUAAAAUGUGAAAAUUUAACUUGAUAGACUUGUAAUUUGAA